AUGUACGAUGACCAGGAGGACCAGGAAAACCUGCAGGAGGACGCUAACAUGGCAGAGGCCCAUCCUGCUGAUGGAGAAAACGUGGAAGAGGAAGAACCUGAGAGCCAGGACGACUUGGUGUCUUUACCCGAUGAUGUCGCCAAUCUCCCGCCUCUGCUAGCUGGCGCCGCGGCGCCCGGCAUGGUGAUUACGUGGAAGAGGUGGCUGCUUUCCAAGGCCACUCAGUGGCAACCCCAAGUCAGUGACGUCACGGCCGUGGUCAUUUCGGUGGAAAACGGAGAUACGCUCCACGUUCUCCUGGCAAAGCGCGACCGAGCGCUCGACAAACCGGAGAAGACGUACGACCCUGAUACCGGCAAGCGCAUCUAUGAACCGUUUGAAUGCCCAGACGAUGUGGACAGCGAUGACAACGAGGGGGACCAGGGCGCUGAUGAUGGGGCCCUGACUGUCAAGUUUGGGGAGAUGAUGGAGCCGCGGGUCGUGCAAGAGCCGCCUGAGUCGGAGUCGCAAAUGCAGCUUCCGGACUCGUUGCCAAGUGAAAAGGGCAGCACUGGCGGGGAGGCAAUCGGCGACGCCACGGAACUCAUGUCCCUAGACCUGCAGGUACCCCUCUCGGACCCGUUUAGCACCGGGGACGGCAACAACGAGAUGACGGAGCUUCCACCUAGCAGCCAGCCAAAUGCGUCGCUCUUGAAGGUACCGGAGCACUCGCAGAACACGACAUCGCUCGAUGUGACAUAUGGACUCGAGGUGGCGGGCAGCGUGGCGAGCGGGUGCGGGCAGCCUGACCCCAACUUUGUUGGGGUAGAAUCGUACGAUUCGCAGGACGAUGCGAUCCCAGACUCGGCACCGGGUCUUGAGGCGGCGGCAGUAGAGGAGCAAGUAUCCAAGAAGCCGCCGCACAAGAAGAACAGCCAGGCAGAACAAACCGCAAAAGCUGGCGAGAAUGAAGCCGAGGAUGAAGACGAAUUCCCGUCUCUAUUUCGGCUCGUGUCAUCAAGUCUCCCCGUCGAAUGGGGCCAACGGUGCGGCCCAGAAGGUGCGGGAGGUCUCGAGCUCAGCAGACGCCGCAGGUAUCCCAACCAACCAGGAGGCGAUUCGGCCGCCGGGGACUACGGAGAGCUUCUUCGAUAA